UUUUUUAUUUUCCCCCGUUUUCUCUCACUUUCCCGGAAAAUUAAAAUUAAGAAAGAAAAUUUCCAAGCGCAAGCUAAUUUUUAUUUUUUUGGUUUUACAAGUAAUUCCCAAAUUCGUUGAGUUUUCAAUCAUGGACAUCUCUCUCAUCGCCGACACAGUUAAUGUAGCCACAUCGCAAGGCCUAGGGUUCGCCAAAUCCCUUCUUCGCAGCCACAGCCUCACCUCCGCCACCAACCACCAAUUAUCGAUCUCCGCCGUGCUUUUCGCGGUAAACGCUCUCGCUCCCCCCGCAGUCAAAUCCAAUUACACUAAAACCGCUCGCCGGGCUGUCCUCCGAAAGAGGCGACGCACGAGACGGAGAUCGUUCGCCGGCGAUGGCGACGAUUCCUCCGAGGACGGAGAAUACGAAGGUUUUUUCGGCGGCGACGGUGGCGGCGGCGGCGAUGGCAGGGGUUGGAAUUUCGGUGGAUUCGGAGGGCAUAAUUGGAACGAAGAAUCUUCAUCAUCAUCAUCAUCGGAUCCAGCUCUCAAUUUCGUUUACGAGGUGAUCUGCUGGAUCGCGCUCUCAAAUUGCGUGCACUUCGCGUUCAAGAAGCUCGUUCGGAUCGUCGCCGGUGGGAUCGGAGACGCCGAGAGAGAAAAGGUUCCGAUGAGACUGACUUCGAUUUGCUCUUGAAUACGGUAUCUUUUCUACUUCUCAAUGAAUUAGAGGAGAUUUAUGCGUUUAAUUCUGUCAAUCCUUGUAUAUGUAUAAAAUGUAAUCGCAUUGUCUAUGUAAGUUAAAGUUGGUUAAUAAUUCAUUGUAUAGAUUCACUGAAUCUCCUAUGUUAUAAAUGGUAUGAUUUAUGUGAUGGGUUAUUGUGCAUU